CACCUCUUUGUCACCAGUUAUUCUUCACACCUGCCCCUUCCCCUCUGCUUUCAGGCUAUGGGAUGCCAGAUGAUAUCGUGAUAGAAAAGCAGGGCAAAGGGGACAACUUCUUUGACUGUACAGGAGCCAAUGUGAGAAUCUCUGGUUUGAAGCUGGUGCAACACGAUGCUGUGGAGGGGAUUAUAAAUAUCCAUCGUGGGAAAACCACCCUGGAGAACUGUGUGUUACAGUGUGAGACCACGGGCAUUACAGUGCGGAUGUCAGCUGAGCUGGUGAUGAAGAACUCUGAUCUCUACGGGGCCAAGGGAGCUGGUGUGGAAAUUUAUCCAGGGAGUACGUGCACCCUGCGCCGCAACAGCAUACACCACUGCAAGGAGGGGAUACUGCUCAAGAGCUUCUUAGAUGAACCUUAUGAUGUUCCCAAGAUAACCAUGGUUAAGAAUGUGAUCCAUAAUAAUGAAGGAUAUGGUGUGGUCCUGGUUAGACCAGGACCCUUGGAGGUAAAGGGUGCUUCAGCACAGACAACAAAAGGGAAUGCACAACCUACCCAGUCAGGUGAUGAGACAGCCUCUGUGGAGGAGGUGGGGCAAGAACAACCACCUGAGUGUGUGACUGAUGAGUUGGAGCGUUCUGAGCGAGCUGGGACUUCUGGGCAAACUGAAGGCAACUGUGAAAUUGCAAAUGAACUUGGGGCUACUGCUGCAAAGAAGAGCAAGAUGCACAAGAAAAGACUGAGUGAAGUGGGAAUUACAGAAGCUGAUGAAGACUUCCUGUCCCAGGAUAUGUUUGUCUCUGUUGAGGGCAAUCAGUUCAAGUGGAAUGGGAAAGGAAGUUUUGGUACCUUUGUUUUCUGAGUGUCCAUUGCAGCAGACAAUUUUUACAGUUACUGAUCAGAUCACAUGCCUGUGUUGUGCUUUGAUGUUGUGCAUUUAUUUCCCAAGUGUAACCCUUAUUAAAGAACUGGGGCUAAAA